AUGUCCUUCUUCUCUUCGAUGAACAAGUUGUCUCACCAAGGGUCUCUUCCUGCACUUCAACCGCAAGCUGCACAGGCUGAAACCCUCCAUGGUGUUGAUGGCAAGGCGAGGAGGAGGCUGCACAUUCCACAGGCUGCUGUGUUCGUCCAGGGUGUCUUGACAGAAUGGUACUUUCACUCCAGGGGCAGAAUCAUGAAGAAAGCAAAGAAAAGUUUGGAGAAGGAAAACUUGCUGAAAGAGUUCGCACGUGAGAACUCUGCAGGAAGACCGGUUGCGUACCUGAUAGUGCAUCACAAGGGGGAGGAUGGAUUGUUUACAACGCAGGUUAAGGUCUUGGAAGAGAACGGAUUCAAUUCCACUGUCAGAAAUGCGUUUUCGACGCAGCUGACGGGAACUGUUGUGGAGUAUGUUGUAGGGAAAAAGAGGCCGGUCAAGCCGUGGCUGCUGAACCCUCCACUUGACCCCAGGACUGAAGGAGCUGCUUGCUUUGAAUGCGUGUGGACGAAGGAGAGAAUCAGCGUCAAGCUCAGGCACGAGGACGACUUGAAGGCUGUGGCUCAUACCUGCUUUCAGCAUAAGGAUAACGACGGCAGGAUCAGGUUUGACAAGCCGCGAACUUUCAUUCAACACGUCAGACACGAGUUGGGAGCCCAGCAGGGUCAGAGCUUGAAGCCCAUCAAGGCUGUAGGCCAGUCGUUCAAGAGGUUCCCCGCCAUCUGCGGGUAUUACAACAACUCCACCUGGCGGGUGAUGGCUGAGGGCGACCCUUCCAAGGUCGUUUACGUCAAGAACUUCCGCUCAUGGCAGUCUAGAGAUACAAUCAGCGGUCAGGCCCAAGAGGACGAAGGGCCCCAGCUAGGAGGGCCUGACUACAGCGAGUACGGCAACGGGGUCAUAAUCUCCCUCGAGGAGCACUCGGCGAUUCGCGACUCGCUCCGUUCACUCGUACAUCAGCUCGAGCUCUCGCAGGACGGGGCGGGGGAGAGCCCCAAGGUGAAGCAUCUCCUUGCUUUCUUCAAGAGAUCGCGGAACGGACACUUGUACCUCAUCUGGAGCACCGCAGCCCUCCUCUUCCCUUCAGAGAACAUGAGCAACCGCAAGUUUGUGAGUGGGACGAAGGAGUUCUCCGACUACACGGAGCUGCUGCAAAACCUGGUCAUUCAUCCUGGUUGGUACAACAGGUUCUGCUCUUCCGAAGACGAUGUUGAGAAAGGCCUUCUGAAAGCUUUCGACCUGCGAUCAACCACCAUGGACUUCAAGGAGUUUCUCAACUUCCUUAACAAGAUCGGCCUCUUACCCAGGAGAAUCACCAGAGAAGAAGCGGGCAAGAUCUUCAGAAGGGCGAACCGAACCAAAGGUGUGAGCGACGAUGACGUUUACGAGAUGAGCUUCAACGAGUUCAAGUCCGCUCUCAAGCUCAUCGUCGACCUGCUCGGCCUGGAGUGGCGGCCCAUCCUCUGCGCAGCUCGCAUCGGGGAGAUUCUUUUCAACCCCAAGGUCUACAAGAGGUUCUGCUUCGGCGAGCAGGGGAACGAGAUUCACUUCAACCAGCUCUGCAACCUCCUGCUCACCUAUCGCCUUCUGCCUGCCUUCAUCUCCAAGGAGGAUGCUGAGAAAAUGUACCGCCGGACUCUGAGAGAACAGGAGGGAGGAGGAGGAGGUGUUGGUGGUAGCAGUUUUCUGCUGAAAUCAGCCCAGGAUUCUCCCGUAGUCUCUUCCCCAGCAGCGACCCACCAUACCGGCCUCUCCCGCCACAACAGCAUCAUCGUCAACGUUCAGUCCGGUCUGCACGAGACAGGGUUCCGGGCCUUCAUGAUCGCACUGGGAGACAGAUUCGGCAUGCAGAUCGACAAGAAGAAGGAUUGUGUGAUUUCUCCCUUCACCGAGCAGAUCCUGGGCAGCCAGAUGCCUCCCGAGAUGCAGAGCGACUCGGAUGUGGUUGAGAGAUUAUACCACCACCCCUACAAAACCUCUCCCCUCAGGCCCCCCUCCUCUCCCCUUCGUCCGGUGAACCUGCAGCAAAGCUCGACUUUGAGCGUGAGCGUCACUGCUACGGACGUGAGCACAGCAACGGAUGGGGAACAGCAGCAAGUCGAGGUCGAGCAGGUGAAGGAGAGGCUCCCCAAGGUCAGAAAGAAGCUAAAGAGCUCAGUGAGGAAGUUGGGUGAGCCAUCGAAUGGUGAGGACAAGCUGGAGCCUCAAAAGAUCAAACUCUUUCGUAUCAGGAGUGGGACUUCUUCGCCUGUACAUUAA